CGACUCCCCUCUUGACUCAUUUUGACAGUAACGCAGCAGCUGCAGGAGGUUUUAUUUUAGAGUUGUUGCAGGAUUGACCUUUAUCCUGAUCUGAGAAGGUCUUUCACAGCUUGUAACAAUUCUGAACGAUCCUACCGUAGUUCCUCGUGGCUUUCACAGCGCAGUGGCGCCAGCAGGGGGGGGCAUGGCCACCCUGAUAUAUUUGUUGGCCCCCCCACACACACACCGCCUCGCCAGUCACGUAUGCGUAGUUUAUCUGAUAUUUAACAACAAAUACACAGCCAGCGAGUCGCUUGAUUUGAGCUUCCAACGCUCAUACUGCAGCCCCUCCCUCUCCCUCUGCUACCAUGGUAACACUCUGAUACUCGGCGCACCACUCUGAUACUCGCGCGCCCCACUCUGAUACUCGCGUGCACCACUCUGAGAUUCGCACAGACAGCAGCAGGUUGCAGCAAAACGUUUCUUUCUACUGACUGGACUUCUAGAAGGUAAGUCGUAUACGUGCGUUGCCUGUUAAGCCCCACAACACUUUAGGCUUUAGUGUGUUAGGUUGCAAAAAACGGAGAUAUGCUAACCUUUAGCUGUUAUUCUGAUAAAAAAUUGUGUUCAAUGGCAUUAAAACGAGAAAAACGCUGGAAGACCUGGAAAAGAGGCUCUGGGCUCAGUAAAGGCUGGCUAGACUUCAGGUAUAAUUUGUCUGUAAACACACUUUGGCAGCUAUUCUAGUUAGCGUUAGUUUAGCUUGCUAAGCUAACGUUAGCUGAUGUUGGUAUGCUGGGCUGGUGUAAUGCGUAGGCUACUAUUAAUCACUGCUGUGUGUAAUGUCAAUUUGCAGAAAAUGAAGAGAAAGUCAACAGACAUAUCUUCUUAUUUUAAGAAGAAGAUGAAUAAAGGAGAGACAGAGCUGGCAGGGGAGCAGCAGCAUAGGACUAGUGAGGAGAUGGCCAUACAUGCUAGAAAGUACAUGUGGAACUCUGUUUUGUAAAAGUGAAACUAAAACCCAAGUACAGCUUUAUUAAUGUGAUUGUGACCUUUUUAAUCAUUUAAGUCUUCUACACACUUUAGGUCUGCAGCUCCUUCAAAAUGAAACGAGAAUCUAUGCAGUUUUUCCUCUUCUGUGUUCUGAGGUUAUGAGCCGACCAUUAGUCAAGUUUGUUUUCAUAAUGUUCUGUAUGCUAAUUAAAAAAAAGGGUAACCAGUUUGUUGAUAAAGUAUAUACAUUCAAACAAAUGGAAUACAAGCUAUAUGUAUUACUCUCACCACAGUGGCCUAGGUUACCCUUCAACACCUCAUACAGCGGCCGCAUAAUGUGGGCGGCCGGGCAAUGAAACGGUGGUAGAAAGUCACCAUCCCCAGGAACUCAUGGAGCGACCAGGCUGUGUGCGGGCGAGGAAACGCCGCAACAGCCUCAACCUUCGCCGGCAGUGGUGCUGCACGGCCUUUGGUGACGCGAUGUCCGAGGAAGUCAAUGUCAAACACCCCAAAUAGGCACUUUGCAGUCUGAACCCGGGAAGUGGCGCAGGAACGGCUCCAUAAACAAAAUCCGGGGAUCCCCCCCCCCCCAGCAGAUUCAGCAUUUUCUCCAUGAGCUGAGAUGGCUUGCUGUCUCCUAGGCCUUGAAUGUCAAGAAUCUGGCGGGCCCUCUCCUUAGCAGAUAAGCUAAAUGUCUUAAGGAGAAGGGCCUUAAUCGCCUCAUAUUUGCCAUGGCGUGGGGGGUCUGCGAUAAAUCCAACCAACCUAGACAACGUGGAGCUCCCCAGCGGCGCGCUGCUGCCAACUGGAAAUAUUUCAAGUCCCUGUCACGGACCUGUCGGCAGGUAAAGUGUGCCUCCACGUGUGCGAACCACGCUACAGCGGCAUGCUCCCAAAACUCCGGCAGUUUAACAUAAACAUCGCGAUCAGCCAUGUUCAUUAAGUCUUCGGAAUCUAUCACGAAAACGUCAGGGUCACCAGUGUAGAGCCGAUGAAAGGGAGUCAGAGGUGGUGUGUUCAGUAUGGAACUCCACACUUUAUUUCCCAUUAGCAUGAAGACAAGGUUUGAACCAGGAGCCAAAUCAUCCCCAGAGCUCUCAUGCAAUCCAAAAAAAGCAGAAACAGACAGAAGUAAUGGACAGACUGAGGUGUGUGCUGCUGGUGCUCUGCGUACAACUCUCCUGGACUCAAAUACACACUCUGGAUCCAGCCACCCUGCGUUUCGUGGUGCUCGGGGACUGGGGGGGUAUUCCUCUGCCUCCGUACUACACCCCCCACGAGGAGGCUGUGGCUGGGGAGCUGGACAGGCUGGCCCGCAACGAGGGGGUGGACUUUGUGCUCAGCCUGGGAGAUCACUUCUACUUCGAUGGUGUGAAGAGUGUGGAUGACCCUCGCUUUAAGUACACAUAUGAAGGGGUUUUCUCCCAGGCUUCUCUGCUGGAUAUCCCAUGGUACCUCACUGCAGGAAACCACGACCACAGGGGCAACAUCUCCGCUCAGAUCGCUUACUCCAACAAAUCCAAGCGAUGGAAUUUCCCAGGUCUGUAUUACGAGCUGCAGUUCGCUGUCCCCCACACCAAUGUGUCGGUGGGCGUCCUGAUGAUCGACACCGUGGUGUUGUGUGGGAACACGUACGACCAGGCGCAGCCUUCAGGACCCGAGUACCCCUCAGCCGCAGAGCAGCAGUGGGGCUGGAUCUCAGAUAAACUGGCCAGCAGCAAGUCAGACUAUGUUGUGGUGGCUGGUCAUUAUCCCGUGUGGUCCGUCGGCCAUCAUGGACCCACUUCCUGUCUGGUGAAAAGACUGAGGCCCCUCCUGAAGAAGUUCAACGUCACGGUGUACCUGAGCGGCCACGACCACAACAUACAGUUCAUCAGAGAGGAUGAUGGGAGUUCCUAUGCAGUGAGUGGCAGUGGGACGGUUAGUGACACCGCCACCACUCACAAAGGGAGCGUCCCCCCGUCCUGGCAGCUGUACUCCAGCCCUGUGAACCACACCGUGGGGGGGCUGGCUUACUUCCAGGUCAGCGAGCAUCACAUGACGCUCAGCUUCAUGCAGACAGACGGGAAGUGUGUGUACCAGGCGGAGCUGCAGAAGCGCACGCCAUGAGGGACUGCACCAAUCAUCAGCUUUAUUGAAGAGACUCAAGGUCCAUUUUUAAAAGACAUACAACUCUCAAAUCAAUCAUGUGUUCUGCAGUAAGACUCAGGAAAGACAAUCAGGGUAUUUGUAAAAGUUAUGUAGUGUGUGUACAUAUUACACUAUGUUUUCUAUAUAUUGACACACAUUGCAUUGUGUGCAUCCCACAAUGCUCUAAUUAGCAAUGCAAAAUGUGUAUCAUUUAUUAUUUCAGUAUGACUUAAUUGGUUCCCUUUUAUGGGAAAAUACUUAUCAAAGUCUGUAAAUGAAUGUUUCUUGUUGCACUCAAAAACCUAAAAUGUAUUAAAAUCGUUUUUUUAAAUGU